UUUUUCCGGUGCAAAAUCAUCUGGUGGCACUUCAACAUGUCACUCUGAAGCACACUGCUGUGGGACCGUCUGGAACUCGAGGAGGAGGAGGAACAGCUACCCAGCAGCUCUGGUUUCAGACUUCUGCAGCACCCUUUGUGUAUGACAAUUGAUUUUGAGCGCAGGACGGCUGGGGAGGGUGGGGAGUGGGGAAGGAUGAGUGCACGCAGCCUCUCUUGGGACCAGGCUGUUCUUCAGCCUCCGGUGUGUGAUGCCUGGAAGGAGAUCAUGGAGGGAGCAGCAUACCAGCUGGCCAGUUGCAUUGUCCUCCUGGGUUACAUGGGGGGAAGUGGCAUCUUUGGGUCCCUCUAUAUCUUUGGCCUUCUGGCCCCAGGCUACUUCUGCUAUGCUCUGUGGGGCUGGCUGAGCGCCUGCGGGCUGGAUAUAUUCGUCUGGAACAUGCUGCUGGUCCUCCUCUGCUUGCUUCAGCUGGCUCACCUCGCUUACCGGCUCCGCAGAGACGCCGUCCCUGAAGAGUUUGACCUCCUCUACAAGACCAUGUACCUGCCCUUGCAGGUACCCCUGGACAUCUACAAAGAAAUCAUGAAGUGCUGUGAAGAGCAAGUCCAGUCACUAGUCAGAGACCAGAAUUACGCGGUGGAGGGCAAGACGCCCAUUGACCGCCUCUCCUUGCUGCUGUCUGGCAGGAUCCGAGUGAGCCAGGAUGGACAAUUCCUCCACUAUGUCUUUCCGUACCAGUUCCUGGACUCUCCAGAAUGGGAGUCACUGCGACCCUCUGAGGAAGGAACUUUCCAGGUCACACUGACAGCCGAGACCGACUGCAGCUUCAUCACCUGGCCAAGGAAGAAGCUGUACCUGCUCCUGAGGAAGGACCGCUACAUCGCUCGGCUCUUCUCCUCCCACCUGGGCUACGACAUCUCGGAGAAGCUUUACUCCCUCAACGAGAAGCUCUUUGCCAAGUUUGGCCUGCGCUUCGACAUCCGCUUGCCCAGCCUGUACCACGUCCUCGGGCCAGCCUCCUCUGAGGGGGAGUCGGAGGACUGCGAGGAGCUGCCGCCUGUCUCUGGCCAGGCUGCUGCCUCUGAGCCCCCUCUGCCGCCGCCGCCGCCGGCUCCGCGCCCCCGGGCAUCCCGGCCCGACAGUGAACUGCUGGGUGAGGACUCCACCAGUCUUGUCUUGGAAGAUUUUGCUGAGUUGCCGGGGUCUUUUAUGGACUAUGUGAGCGAAGGGGAGUAUAUGAAGUGAGGGCACUCCUGGCAUGGGCACGCCUCCCCCUGUGUGGGACCCCCGCCCUCUGGAAACCUUCUCUGGAGUUCUCCUCACCCUCCCUGCAAAGGACGAGCCCCUCUGGCUCCCACCCAGACCCCUGAACUCUAGGGAACAAGCCAGGCUG